AUGCCUCUCAUAUACUUCGAUCGCACAAUUAACUCGCCGCAGGAGCUCGUCCUGGCGGGAUUGAAGGACUCCACCACCGGUACUUCCCUUCGCGAUCUGGCCACCUUUGUCACACGCAAGACGGGAUUUCCGGGCGAAGUCUGCUUUAAGGUUAUCACGGAGGCCCUCGAGGAGGCCAUGGCCUGCAAGAGCAUCCGCCAAGUGGGUGGACUCUUCUACGAGAUACCGCCAAAACCGCCUCGUGCGCCCGCCAGACGUCGGAAAUGCUAAACACCGCAACCAAAGCCGGGGAAUGACUGUUGCCAUAAUUAAUUCAUAAUGCCAAGAGUAUCCGCUCUAGUGGCCGCGAAGAGCAGAGCAAACACUUUAUUAAAAUUAAAAUUUAUCUAAAUUGCGACAGCAAGCUAUUCUAUCCGCAAAGUACUUGAACAACUUCGCCCGCCUUCGUCUGACAAUGACGAAAGGGUUGAUGUGGAUGCCAGCCCUACCCGCAAAGUAAAGUGUCUGCACCCAUUCCACGUAAUCUUCCCCCUUUUUUUUUUCUUCAUUUUUUAUUUUUUCCUAAGGUGCACUCCUUGUUGCUGCAACGUCUUGUGUCUGUCAAACGUCAGUCUUGGCGUUGUGGAGCGUUGAAAUUGAAAGCUCCGCUCGCUUUAUCUUUCGGCCAGGUGGGGCAAAGAUGGAAUAGAAUAUGGGGACGUAGCCCGGGCCUUUGCAUUCUCAAUGUGUCUCUUUGAUUUAUUAUUUUCGACAGCCCUCCCCAUGGAACUCCGCUUACAAGACUCGUGAGUCUGAGCAGAAAAAUACACCAAGAGCAUGAAUUGGUGUUGAACACAGUAAUUUUUACAUAAACUAGGUAACUUGACUUAAACUUCAAGGAAUAUAGA